GCGACGCACGGUGCGUUUCCUCAGGAAAGCGCUUCAGAUGAAACGAAAGUUUAGACAAAAGUUAAAGUAAAACUGGACAUUUAGAGCCGGUGGUCGGAGCUCCGAACCGGGACCGUUCUGGUACCGGCUGGAUGUUGUUGGUUGGGAGGCCCGGGGGCAGAAAACAGGGACAGUUUCCAGGGUUAGCCAUGGAUGCUAACGAGGAGCUAACAGCUGGAGUUUCACCUGAACUCACGUCUGCAGAGCCGGUGAUGAAGGUGCAGGCCGUGCAGACGGACAGCGGGUCUCAGUCUCAGUCCGCCGGCGUGCAGACGCUAGCGGACUGGGAGGAACAGGCGGCGGCGGUGGUGGAGCUAGGUACCGAGCUAGCGGAGCAGGUGGAGGAUCUAACGCAGCAGCAGCAGGAGAAGCAGGAGGAGCUGCAGACGUACAUGGUGUCGCUGCAGAAGCACAAGGAGGAGGCCAGCCUGACGCACCAGGGUCUCCUGGAGAAACUGGAGUCUGUGCGAGUGAAGCUGCAGCUCAACAACUCCAAGGCCACGAGGAAAAACUUCCUGGUGAAGAAACAAGAGCUGAACGCUGAGAAGAACCGGGUGGAGGAGGAGAGGAACAGGCUGGCCCGGGAGAUGGAGGACGGCGGCGUGAAGCUAGCGGCGCUAGCGGAGGAGCAGGGGGCGGAGCAGCGGCGCUGGGGGGCGGAGCUACAGGAGCUGAGGGCGGAGCUAGAGCGCUGCAGGAAGGAGGCGCAGGACGCACAGAUGCAGGCGCUGAGGGAAGAGACGGUCGCCGUGGAGACGCAGAGGGACGUGGCCAUGAACCGCAUCGAGGCCUGGCAUCGAGAGGUGAGCCAGUACCUGGACCUCCUCCGGGCCGAGUCCCCGCCCCGGCUUCCCCCCGAGCGGCAGCUCUGGGACCACAAGGAGGCGGCGGUGCGGCAGAACCGGGUGGAGCUGCAGAGCCGGUACCAGCAGGUCCUGCAGCAGCUACAGCAGGGACGGAGUCUGGACGCUCUACCCAGGAUCAGCACGCCGGCGCUGCCGCCCGUACCCAUGGCCGAUCUCCGGUUCCGGCAGGUGAUGCGGUCUCUGGCCCCGCCCCCUCCGAGACACUUCUACCCCCGGCAGCCCCUCCCCCCCCCGCCGUUCCGGGGCCCCUACCCCCCCCAGGGCUACUUCCUGCCCCCCCCCGGGGCCGCCGCCGCCCCCACCACGGCCGGGCCCCCCAUAGCCGCCGCCGGGCCCCCGUUAGCCGCCGCCGGGCCCCCCGGGGCCGCCGGGAAGCUGGAGAAGGUCCUGGAGAAGCUGGCGGUUCGGUUCCCGCUGGUGUCCAAGAACCAGCUGAUGGCGGCGCUGCAGCAGGUCAAGAGUUCCCGGGGGACCCUGAAGGGCCUGAACCUGGACCAGGUCCUGGAGCAGGUGGGGGUCCGGCUGGCCCAGGGGCCCCCCGGGGGGCCGGGCCCCAUCCAGCGGCCGGGCCCCCCGGUGCCGCCGGGGCAGAGAGGGAGUCCGGGCCCCGCUCCCGGGCCGGCCCCCCAGACCCGGAAACUGUGCUUCAUGUGCCAAGAGCUGGUGGACCCGGGGGACCGGCACCCGCUGGGCUGCAGCCACGCCAUCCACCGGGCCUGUAUCCAGCCCUGGCUGCAGUCCAGCCGCAAGGACUGCUGCCCCUUCUGCCCCGGCCAGUGACCCGGGACCAGGACUCUGUUGCUAACCUGCUAACCUGCUAGCUCUGUUGGAGCUAAAGUUUGUGUUGAAAAAAACUGAUUUUCUGAUUUUAAACUGAAAUAAAAUUAUUUUGCGAAAAACUGAAA